UGAUCGGCACAAUGAGCUUUGGUUGCUUAGUGCGGAGGACGUUGCUGUGUGGAGUGUUGACGGCGCGGGGGCUGACGCGGACCAUGUGUGCCCAAGAAGUUGACUGGAGAACUGCCAAAUCCAUCUAUGACUUCCACGCCACAGAUAUCGAUGGCAAUGACGUCUCACUGGAGAAAUACAGGGGUCACGUCUGCAUCAUCACCAACGUCGCCUCCAAAUGAGGCAAGACGGGCGUAAACUACACUCAGUUUGUCGACAUGUACGGCCGAUACGCUGAGAAGGGUUUACGCAUCCUGGCCUUCCCUUGCAACCAGUUCGGCAAGCAGGAGCCAGGCACCGACGCGGAGAUCAAAGCCUUUGCCGCAGGCUACGGGGUGAAGUUCGACAUGUUCAGCAAAAUCGACGUGAACGGCGACGACGCCCACCCGCUCUGGAAGUGGAUGAAGAGCCAGCCCAAGGGGAGAGGCACCCUGGGAAAUGCCAUUAAAUGGAACUUCAGCAAGUUCCUCAUCAACAAAGAAGGCCAGGUGGUCAAGAGGUACAGUCCAAUGGACGACCCCGUGGUGAUCGAGAAGGACCUGCCCACCUUCCUGUAGGCUGGCUCCCGUCACCCUUGAUGGCUGUGCGCCCGGCGGCUGCUCUGCUGCUUUCCCCCUGGAGCCUGCUUCUUCUGCCUGAUGACGGCUUGCCUGCAAACCAAGGCUUUUGGUGGGGCAGGCCCGAAAACCCGGCAUGUGUUGGCAGGAGGAAGGAGGCCCCACGGGGCACGCCUGGGAGUAGCGGCUGUAGAACUGGGCCUGUGCUGUAGCAAUAAAACUUUGUUCUCCUCAACCAA